ACACCAACUGACGCGGUAACCAUGGCAGCUGCCAUUCUCGGGACAGCAAUGACAUCAAUACAGGACGAAAUAUUCAACAGCGUCCUCUCAGGAGACGUAGAAGACUUGCAGCAGGUUCUGGAAAGUUACGAUGCUGCCGAAGAGUCAGAGGAGAUCAAUUUGUUUGGAAAAGUGGACGAGAUGGGAAGAAAUGCCCUUUUAGUCGCUUCCAUGCUCGGAAAGAGCAGCGUUGUCCGUGAACUGGUGAAACAUGGCGCCAAGUUGGACGAGCAAACCGUCAGAGGAGCUGACUUAAAGGCCAAGACCUUCAGAGAGGAGACACCUCUGGACCUGGCCAAGAGAUACUCCCAGACAGACUGCGUUGACCAUCUCACACAGGCUGAAAAGGAACUGGAAGAUCUUAUCGCUGCCGCAAAUGAUCCUACAGGCACAAAGGAGACUGAUGCAGCAAGUCACCUCACCCCAAGAUUAAAGCAAAGGAAAAGCACAGCUAAACGCUAAGUUUAGCUCCUAAUUUUAAGAACAUUAAUUAUAAACACAGUAAAAUAUUGGCAUCUAUCCAUCCAUUGUCUAUACCUGCUUGCCCCUGCAUAGUCACAGUGGGAGCUCCUAGCUCCAGUGGUCAUUGGGUAAGAGGCGGAGUACACCCUGGACAGGCUGUCAGUCCAUCACAGAGCAAUACAGAAGAAACAGCGCAGGGACAUUUUAGAGAGAGCAACUAAUCUAACAGUCGUGUUUGUGGACUGUAGGAAAAAGCUUGAGUACCAUGAGUACA